CGUACCGGACUUGCCUCGUGCAGUCCGCUCAUUCAGUCUCUCUGUUCAGUGCGCGCAGGGAGGGUGAAUUGAUGUCAUCGUUGAAGCGUCGCGCAGGGAAACAACAUCUGGCUCGGUUUAACGUGGGAAUGAACAGGAUCAGCUUUCCGGGACUUUUUAUGAUAUAUUUUUUUUAAACAGAUUGAAAACAGAUUUCACCGGAAUAUGGAAGGAUUAAAAUAACAGCAAACUGAAACCAAAGGUCGUGACUUUGAGGUCUGGGACCGUUUCUGUUUCUUUUUAGGUGUCUGAUCUCUAUCAGAAUAUGACAGUUUGAUCGUUGAGAAUGACAAUGUCAAGUAUUAUUUAGUGGCAAGAUAUAACAUGUUAUUAGUAGAGCUUCAUGGGAUGUGUUAGUCUACUACUAAUGGAUUGGAGGACUGGACGUCUGUGAGUGGAUUUUACAUUUCGUGUGACAGAGGGAAAGGUAAAAGGCUCUUCCCUUCACACCUCUUGUGCUAAAGUUCAUCCACCUUCAGCUUCAGGACACACUGUGUGUUUGUUUCCUUGUCUUUGAGUGAAGGCACAAAUUCACUGAGCAAGUUGCUUCAGGCGUUCUAUUGCCACAUUGACACCCAGUCACAGUGACUGUCUCUGUUACCAUGUUACUCGUGUGUGUGUGUGUGUGUGUCGGACGGACGGACAUGUGACGAGAAACCAGAAAAAUGGAUUACCUCUCUCCCGCCAACAUCUCCCAAGAUGCAUCCCUUCUUUUCUCCGACGCCGGUCUCCACGGCAAUGACCUAUACCCCGGCUACCAUGCCUACGACCCCGGCAUCGACGACCCCCCAACGGAAGAGUCAUCGUCGCCCCUCCAGUCUCUCUACACUCCCCUCCUGGAUUUGGGAGACUUGGGGGGGUACGGUCCCGGCAUGGGGGGGUAUGGGGACAGCUCUCUGGCGGGACUGGGAGACAGUACUAAGCUAGUAGGGGUCCAGGUGGUUUUAAUCCUGGCCUACAGUACCAUUAUACUGCUAGGAGUAGUGGGGAACUCUCUGGUCAUAUACGUGGUGUAUCGCUUCAAGACGCUGAGGACCGUGACUAACUUCUUCAUAGCUAACCUCGCUGUCGCUGACCUCCUGGUGAAUACAUUAUGUCUCCCCUUCACGUUGGUCUAUACUCUGCUCGGGGAGUGGAAGUUUGGCCAGGUGCUUUGUUUCCUGCUUCCCUAUGCACAGGGAUUGGCUGUCCACGUAUCCACGGUGACGCUCAACGUCAUAGCCCUUGAUAGACACAGGUGUAUAGUGUACCACCUGGAGACCAGGAUGAGAAAGGAUGUGUGUUUCGGGGUGAUUGCCGCCACAUGGGUGCUGAGUGCGUUGCUGGCCAGUCCACUAGCUAUUUUCAGAGAGUAUGGGACCUUCAAUCUGGCUCCAGGACAGCCUAUACAGGUGUGUACAGAGAAGUGGCCGGGCAGCUCGACAGACGGGACAGUCUAUUCAAUCUCCAUGCUCCUCCUCCAAUACGUUCUCCCUCUAGCCGUCAUCUCCUUCGCCUACGCUCGUAUCUGGUCCAAACUCCGUUCCCACAUGUCCCCCGCAGGCCGCAACGACCGCCACCGCCGCCGCCGCAAAACCACCAAGAUGCUGGUGACCGUGGUCGUGGUGUUCGCGGUCAGCUGGUUGCCGUUCCACGCUUUUCAAUUGGCCACGGAUAUCGACGGCUUCGUCUUGGACAUGAGGGAUUUUAGACUGCUGUACACGCUGUUCCACGUGGUGGCCAUGUGCUCAACGUUCGCUAACCCUCUGCUCUACGGGUGGAUGAACAGCAACUAUCGCACCGCGUUCACGACCGUGUUCCGCUGUGACCAGAGAAUGGAUAGUGUGCAUCCGGAGGGAGGAAGAGGGAAGGGAGGAGAUGGGAAGGCAGGAGAUGGGGGAGGGAUGGCAGGAGAUGGGGGAGGGAUGGCAGGAGAUGGGGGAGGGAUGGCAGGAGAGGGGGGAGAGAUGGCAGGAGGUGGAGAAGAAGGAGAAAUGAAGCUGGAUCUAGAGGCCCAGGACGUUGUGACAAACCAUCUCAAUGCUACAGACCUUUGAGAGAGAAGAAGAGGGAAGGAGAGAGAAUUAGAGACAGAUGGAGAGAGAGGGGAGAGAAGGAGAGAGAGGGAGAGAGAGAGAGCGAAGGAGACAGAGGGAGAGAGGGAGAGAGAGAGAGAGAGAGAGGAGACAGAGGGAGAGAGAGAGGGAUGGAGAGAUAAAGAGAGACCGAUAGGGGAUAUGGGGAGAGAGAGAGGAGAGGCAGAUGAAGAGAGAAAGAUGGAGAGAGAAGGACAGAGAUUAUCAGAAAGAAUGGGAGAACAAUAGAAUGUGAGAGGGAUGAGAAGAGACUGAAUAGAGAGAACCACAAGAAGAGGUGGAAACUGAGCUGCACCUCCUGCCAAAUGUAUGACCAUAUUAGAGACACAUAUUUCCCCUCAGAUUACACAGACCCACAAAGAAUUAGAAAACAAACCCAAUUUUGAUAAUCUCCCAUAUCUACUGGGUGAAAUUCCAGUGUGCCAUCACAGCAGUAAGAUUUGUGACCUGUUGCCACAAGAAAAGGGCAACCAGUGAAGAACAAACACCAUUGUAAAUACAACCCAUAUUAUGCUUAUUUAUUUUCCCUUGUGUACUUUAACCAUUUGUACAUUGUUACAACACUGUAUAUAUAUAUAUAUAUAUAUAUAAUGACAUUUGUAAUGUCUUUAUUGUUUUGAAACUUCUGUAUGUGUAAUGUUUACUGUUCAUUUUUAUUGUUUAUUGCACUUUUGUAUAUUAUCUACCUCACUUGCUUUGGCAAUGUUAACACAUGUUUCCCAUGCCAAUAAAGCCCCUUGAAUUGAAUUGAAUUGAGAGAGAGAGAGAUAAAGCAGUGAUGACCUAAUAGAGAGAUAACCCACUAUUCAUGAUAAAAUUAUGUUACAGAGAGAUAACCCACUAUUCACAUUUUGAUUGAUUUAUUUCAUUUUACCUUUAUUUAACCAGGUAGGCAAGUUGAGAACAAGUUCUCAUUUACAAUUGCGACCUAAAAUGAUGAUGUUGUAGAGAGAUAACCCACUGUUCGUGAUAAAAUUAUGUUACAGAGAGAUAACCCACUGUUCCCAUGAUUAAAAGGAAAAUGAAUGUCAGAGAUGGGAUGAGGAAAAAAAGAUUAUGAGAUAAAAAAAAAUUUAAAAAACGAAAGGAGCUUAAAGUUUUAAUGAGUUCAGUUUAAUGGGUCGGGACUGGCUGGCUGGGCAGUGGUGACAUGUAAUUCAGUCCCAAAUCACAGAAUGUUUUAGGGUGGUUGAUUUAGAGAAGUUUGAAACGUCGACUCUGUUCCAAAUGCCACCCUAUUCCCUAUCAGGGCCCUGGUCAAUAGUAGUGUUAAGGAGAAUACGGUGUCAUUUGAGAGGCGAGGGGUGAAUUAAAAAAAU